AUGCUCAAAAAAUCCCAAAAAUCGUUGCUUUCGUCCUCUAUUUAUUCUCUCGUUCUCGUUCUCUUCGUCGUUACGGCUAGCGCCGCCCGUUCUUCGAACGAAAAUUCCCAUGCACGUCGGUCUUUAGACAGGAAGAGGCAACCUGGUCUAGCAGGUUUUGUCGAUGGGAACUUGGUUCAGAGGGAUGAUGGGAGUCUGAUUGACGAACUAGGUUCUCUUCUCGGCAUCGACACUACAUCUCUUUUAGGACCGACUUCUAUCGUUCCGAGCAGUACCAGCAGCAGUGUGACUUCCAGCGCCCGAUCAGACUCAACAUCGUCGUCGUCGUCGUCGUCUAUUUCUUCGUCAUCUUCGGCGUCCUCAUCUGUUACCAGCAGCAGCAGUCCGUCCUCAACCAGUUCCGGCGAUAUCCUCGAUACAUUGACCUCAAUCAUCCUUGGGAAUCCCCCCAGUACCUCGGACACCAGUUCCUCAACAACGGCAUCAGACACUAUUGGCACAACCACCGGUACAGACACCAACCCAGGCACCCCCACACAAACGGAUGUCACGACGUCGACCACUCCCGUAACGACGCCGCCUCCGACCGAGUCUGCCACCAGUACAACGUCGAGUGAUGGAGGCAUUCUCUCAAGCAUCCUCUCCGGUUUGAGCAGUGUUGUGGACCCUCCAACGACCGUUGAAACAACUACCGAGUCGACAUCCCCAACCUCCGAACCCACGACAUCCGACUCUACAAUCACAGACCCACCGUCGUCCUCCGCCACUCCUACCUCUAGUGACGGUGGUAUACUGUCCACUCUGAUUACAGACCUGAGCAGCGUUCUGGAUCCACCGUCGUCAUCUGCCACCCCUACCUCUAGCGACGGCGGUAUCCUGUCCAGCAUUUUGGACCCAACGUCGUCAUCUGCCACCCCUACCUCUAGUGACGGCGGUAUCCUGUCCACUGUGAUCACGGAUAUCAGCAGCGUUCUGAACCCACCGACGUCGAGCUCAGCUUUCUCUUCGACUAUCACUAAUCCUCCUUCAUCAUCUAUCAGUGAUUCUGCUUCUUCGUCUUUACCCAUUACUGAUCCUCCUGCUUCAUCGUCAUCUUCAGGUUCCUCUUCCUCCUUUUCGGAUAGCUCCAUUCCCAGUGGUUCGAGUGGUCCUAGCAGUAAUAGCUCAGCCCCGUCAAGCACCGUUUCUCCUUCCAUCUCGUUCCCCAGCGGUAAUGUCAGCAUCUCUGCCACCACGACUUCAAGCAGUGUCAAUACAUCCUCGACCACCUCCCAGCCUCCUAUAUCCGUUGAAUCCGAUCUUUCCUUUGUUUUGACGCAGUCGCAGUUGGCAUUCUCCUCUGUGCCCACCACCACGAGGACGCAAUCCUUGUCAGAUCCUGACCAAGCAACGACGACGCUGUCAUCGACUACGCCUGCGGCCUCUGCAACUUUCACAGAAGCGCCUCUACCUCCCGAUCUCCCUAGUAGAAUUUACCCCUCGGACCCGGUUGCUUCUGGGACCAAUGUGACUGGAUAUACUACAUUUGUCAUGUUGUUCGAUCAACUACUCAGCUGGCCGUUUGUGGUUGACGAUCCGUACUCAAGCUCCCAAAUUUUCGCGCUUAUGCCCGCGAUAAUCAACACCGCGCUUGGACUCACAGAAGGCCGCCAGCAGCAAACUUCCUACUUACAAGCCUAUAAGCGCAUGGACUAUCAUGGACCACAGGAUGCCUCCUCACUUGGCACUCAAUACUGGGGUAAACUCCCUACCGAAGAAAUUGCAAACCUGGCUGCGAUGGUUCAGGCUCCCAAAUCACCGUUCUACAAUGCAGUUAAUAACCAGGUAGCUAGGCAGCUUGCCGAACAUGUAGACAAAGGUUUUUCCGUUGUAGCUCAACCUAAUUCUAACGGUGGGGACGGAGGCAAGACGUCUGAAGGCUCCGAGAGCGGAAAUACGUCCAGUGACCGUACCCGUCAAGAUGCCAUCAUUGGUGUGGUCAGUGCACUGGGAGGUAUUGCUAUCUUGGUUCUGGCGUUCCUUGUGUACAGAUGGUAUCAGAGGAGGAAGGAACAACAACACCGCAGAUUGAGUGACCCUCCCGGUUCGAGACCUAUGGGAAGGGAUUUCGACCAGGAUAGUGUGGGCGGACAGAGGAGGAGAAGUUUCUACUUCGCGGAAGAUUCGUUACGGGGUUUCCAGGAUGCGCAACAAUCUGAUCAGGUGGAUGCGUUCGGCUACCAUGCUUCUCAAAGUGCUCCGGGCAUGUCACAACGCAGGAAUAUUGUUCCUGGAGCCAUUUCCCAACCAAUUUUGAGGGAGAGUAGUAUGAACUGGUGA